ACAGGGCACCGGUAUUCGUUCGACUUGCGGGUCACACCCAUUUGGCUGGCAUUCGCGGCCCUGGACGCGUACGUGCUGUACUUCAACUACCUGACGGCUUCCGGUUACGUGGGCGAGUCGUUCAAAAAAUGUUUCGAAGAGUCGUACUGCUUCGCGGUCAUCGAGCUGGUCAACCGAAACCUGGGCCCGUUCACGGCGCUGAUGUGCACCAUGUUCUACGGGCGACGACACAAGGCGGCCGCUCUGGCCGGCACGGAGCGCGUGCUGGCGUUCAUCCGGGAAACGGACCGGGACGCGGCCACGCUGCUGUCACCGGCCGCCAAGUAUUACUCGGCCGCAGUGAUCGUCGCGUACUGUGCCUGCCUCUGGCUGUACACGGUCGUCCAACCGGCCGCUGUGGUGAUCAUGUUCUGCGUCAACGCCAUGGGCCAGACAGCCCUGUACAACUUGGCCAUGUUCCAAUACUACGUGCUAGGUCGCAGUUUCGCUUGCGUCAACCGGCUGCUGGAGGCGUCCGCGGACCGUCCGUUGGCCGACCGCGUGGCUCGGUUGGCCGGCAUUUUCAACGAACUCGGCCGGCAGGUCGAAAACAUGAACCGAGCGUAUACGCUGGGCCUGCUGCUCCGGUUGCCGUACAGCAUUGUUCGACUCGUCAUGCUCGUGUUCCGCAUCAUCGAGUACGCGGCCAUCGCUAGCGCCGGCCAAGGUCAUCCCAUGUCCCGUAUAGCCAUCACGCUGAUAGUCGAACACGUGGGUGAGAUACUCAUGUUUCUACAGCAAUUCUUCAUAUUCUGCAUCACUGGAACCCACCUGUCCGACGAGGUAUGUUACGAGUACUAUAAAGAUAAAAUUGAAAAAUGUUUUUCAAACUACUAUCGAGUACAAUAA